ACCGGUUUGUGUUUUAGCUUUGUCCGAUACUUGCAUUCCGAGCUUGUACCAUGGAGCUCUCAUAUCAGGCAAUAAAGACAGCAAACCAGACACGAGAAGCGGAAGAACUGCGUACAGAAGCACGACGUAAAAACCUCCUCAUACUCAUCAUGCAUUACUUACUGCAGGAAGGGUACAUGGAUUCUGCAAAUGCUCUAGAACAAGAAACCAAGCUUGGUCUGGGGCGUUAUGAAGUUUGUGACAACAUUGAUCUCGAGACCAUUUUAAUGGAAUAUGAAAGCUAUUAUUAUAUCAAAUUUCAGAAAUACCCUAAAGUUACUAAAAAGGCUGUAGAUAAUGAUAACAGACUUCAGUACAAGCCUCACAGUGGAGGAAAACUAAGAAGAACCUGUAGUAACGCAUCUCAAGGUCUUCCAAGAAUUGGACCACAUCGUAUAGUGCAAAGACCAAAGUCUACAUCUAACACGAGAUCGUCAGAGCAUCGUAGAGCACCUCAAAAAGAAAGUCCUAAGCAGGAAAAUGAAUAUAGUAAUUCCUCAGAGGUCUCUGAAUUUGGUCUCAAUGUGUCAUCAAUUAACAAGAGUGGUGAAGGCGGACAACCAAAAAGGGGGCAAAUAAUUGACUUUCGUGGGAUGAUCCAAGAUGCAAUAAAAGGAGCAUCAAAUGAAAUAGCAUUGAAUAGUCUGAGCUGCAACCCUAACCCUUCUGAGAGGUUAAUAAAACCUGUUAGCGCAUUUGUUGGCGCAAACAGCGAGAUGAGAGAACUAGCUGCAGUCAUUAGCCGGGAUAUUUAUCUCCAGAACCCCAAUGUGAGGUGGGACGAUAUCAUAGGGCUUGAUGAAGCAAAGCGACUGGUGAAGGAAGCUGUUGUGUAUCCUAUUAGGUAUCCUCAGCUGUUCACAGGAAUAUUAUCUCCUUGGAAGGGGCUCUUGCUAUAUGGACCACCAGGUACUGGAAAGACAUUACUUGCAAAGGCUGUGGCCACGGAAUGCGACACCACUUUCUUUAACAUUUCAGCCUCUACUAUUGUCAGCAAGUGGAGAGGGGAUUCAGAGAAACUUGUGCGGGUGUUAUUUGAGCUUGCUAGAUAUCAUGCACCCUCCACCAUUUUCCUGGAUGAAUUAGAGUCUGUGAUGAGUCAGAGGGGAACUGGCCCUGGGGGCGAACAUGAGGGCAGCCGACGGAUGAAAACGGAAUUACUGGUGCAGAUGGAUGGCUUGGCCCGAUCUGAUGAUCUUGUGUUUGUUUUAGCUGCUUCCAAUUUGCCAUGGGAGCUAGAUUAUGCCAUGUUGAGACGUUUAGAGAAGAGGAUACUGGUGGACUUGCCCAGUAAAGAAGCGCGGCAGGCAAUGAUCCAACACUGGCUGCCUCCUGUAAGUAACAGCGGAGGAGUGGAGCUAAGAACAGACCUGGAAUACACUAAGCUCGGAGAGGAAACAGAAGGAUAUUCCGGUUCUGACAUAAAAUUGGUGUGCAAAGAGGCAGCAAUGAGACCCGUGAGGAAAAUCUUUAAUGCACUUGAAAAUCACCAACCGGGCAGCAAGGACUUGCCGGUUAUCCGUCUGGACACAGUCACCACAUCUGACUUUAUGGAAGUCAUUGCACACACCAAGCCCUCCGCUAAGAACCUGAUUCAGAAAUAUACCGCUUGGCAGAAGGAAUUUGAGUCUGUGUGAGAGGCUUUGGGGUGUUUAUGGUGGAGCUGCUGCAAGAAUGAAAGAAAAACUGCCAUCUCUUGAGCAAUUACAACCAAAGACUUUUUUUAAUGUUAUUAGAAAGCUAGUAAAUUAUAUUUUUAUAAGAUUAAAUACUAAAAUAUGUUUUUAGUGCUUUGCGCUGGCAGAAAAUGAGGGGGUUGAGCAUUUUCUAGCAGAAUGUUACUGUGAUUACGGAGACAGUCCUGGGGUUAUAAAAAUAUUCAGAAAAUGUCACAAACUAAAGAAUGUUUUCAUGACUGACGGUAAAAUAUCUUCUUUUGCAAAUCAUGUGUUUAUGAGCACUAUUGGAUAUCACUAGGAAACCCCAUACUCCAGUUGUUUUAAAAUAAUGUGAACGUCAAAAUAAAGUUUUAUGGUUCAGA